AUGCGACUCUGCCUGCCGAGUGACUUAACUACCGGCGUUAUCUCUUUCUUUUCUCCUCAUCCUAUCAACCCCUCGGCUCAGUCGUCUACCCGCUUCAUGCUCCUCGGUUCCAGUGGCAAUUUCCUUGCUGUAGAUAGCCCUCUCGAACAUUUCAAGCGCAGCCAAGGGUUGUUAGAAGGGGACUUCAUAGCCAGACUCGUAGACUCAGACGAAGGGGAAGUUGCCGGCCUGCUUCACUUGGCUGUGGAUGAGAGCGUCGCUGGUCGUGACAUUCACGUAUCCAGCGCCGUCGAAGCCUGGGGCCUGGACUUCUUCAAUGUCGACUUCCCCGCCGAGCCAGUUGCAGCUGUUGCAGUGGGACUGCGGCGAAACAAGGUGGACCUGGCCCUCGGCAUUGCGUAG